UCAUGCAGGAGAACUACGAGACGGUGACCUCGCUGGGAUUCCUCAUUCCCAAACCUGACCUAAUCGUCCGGCUGGAACGAGGGGAAGAGCCGUGGGUCUCGGAUCUCCAGGCUGAUGAGGAAAGGAAGAGCCCGAGAGGCAUCCGUACAGGCAGUGACUCCUGUCUGGAUUCUCUCUCCCCCAGCAGGUGAUAGGACAGUGAGUGAGAACAAGGAGGAGAAUCAGCAGGCGGAAGGUCCUGAGAAAGUGGAACUGCAGGGGAUAUUUUUGAGAAGAGCCAAAGGGAAUUUUUCCCAGGGCUUGGAACAGGGAAAUGCCUGGGGAGAUCGACACAGAUCAGAGAUGCAGCUGGAAAACAAUCCCAGGAAGAAACUGCAUGAAUCCAUUCAACAUGGUGGAGGAUGCAAGGAUCCCAAGGAAACCACAGUCCAGCAGAAAAGUCACAAUGAAGAGAAACCCUACAACUGCCUUGACUGUGGGAAAAGUUUUCAUUUCGGUGCAAACCUUAUUAAACACUGGAAAACCCACACAGGAGAGAAGUCCUAUAAAUGUGUAGACUGUGGGAAAAGCUUCAGUGAGAAGUCAAACUUUAUUGUGCACCAGAGACUUCACAUAGGAAAGAAACCAUAUAAAUGUCUUGAGUGUGGGAAAAGUUUUAGUCAGAGUUCAUACCUUACUGCACAUCAGAGAAUCCACACUGGCGAAAGACCUUAUAAAUGCCUCGAGUGUGGGAAAAGUUUCAAUUUGAAAUCAACGCUUAAUACACAUCACAAAACUCACACAGGAGAGAAACCCCAUAAAUGCCUGGAGUGUGGGAAAACUUUCACUCAGCGCACUCACCUUACUCAACAUAGUAAAAUCCACACGGGAGAGAGACCAUAUAAAUGCCUUCAGUGUGGGAAAAGUUUCAUUCAGCACUCAAACUUUAUUAGACAUCCAUGUCUGAACACAAGAGAGAGAAGCUAUAAAUGCCUUCAGUGUGAGAAAGUUUUUGGUGUGCGAUGGAACCUUAUUAAACAUGAGAGAACCCACACCAGCGAGAAACCAUAUAAAUGUUUGCACUGUGGGAAAAGUUUUGGUCAGAGCUCAUACCUUAUUAAACAUAUGAAAAUCCACACAGGAGAGAGACCAUAUAAGUGCCUUGAGUGUGGGAAAAAUUUCAUUCAUCACUCAGUCCUUAUUAAGCAUCAGAGAACCCACACAGGUGACAAACCCUAUAAAUGCCUCUAUUGUGGGAAAAGUUUUGUUGACAGAACAAAACUUACUAGACAUCAGGCAAUCCAUACAGGAGAGAGACCCUAUAAAUGCUUGGACUGUGGAAAAAGCUUCAUUCAGAAGUCACAACUUACUAUACACCAGAAAGUUCACGCAGCAGAGAGACCUUAUAAAUGCCUUGAGUGUGGUAAAACUUUUGUUCAUAACUUGAAGCUUACUGCGCAUCAGAGAACCCACACAGGAGAGAGACCUUAUAAAUGCCUGAACUGUGGGAAAACUUUUAUUCACAACUCAAAGCUUACUAAACAUCAGAGAACCCACACAGGAGAGAGACCCUAUGGGUGCCUUGUGUGUGGGAAAAGUUUUAUUCAGAAGUCACAUCUUACUACACAUCAGAGAACCCACACAGGAGAGAGACCUUAUAAAUGCCUGGAGUGUGGGAAAACUUUUAUUCAUAACUCAAAGCUUACUACACAUCAGAGAACCCACACAGGAGUGAGACCCUAUGGAUGCCUUGAGUGUGGGAAAAGUUUUAUGGAAAGUUCAUCCCUUAUUAAACAUGGGAGAAUCCACACAGGAGAAAGACCCUAUAAAUGCCUGGACUGUGGGAAAACUUUCAGUCAAAGCUCACACCUUACUCAACAUGGAAGAAGCCACGCAGGAGAGAGACCCUAUGCAUGCCUUGAGUGUGGGAAAAGUUUUUUGGAAAGUUCAUCCCUUAUUAAACAUGAGCGAAUCCACGUGGGAGAAAGACCCUACAAAUGCUUUGAGUGUGGGAAAAGUUUUAUGGAAAGUUCAUCCCUUACUAAACAUGGGAGAAUCCACACAGGAGAAAAACCCUAUAAAUGCCUUGAGUGUGGGAAAAGUUUCAUUCAGCACUCAGUCUUUAUUAAGCAUCAGAGAAUCCACACUGGUGACAAACCCUAUAAAUGCCUCGACUGUGGGAAAAGUUUUGUUGUCAGAACAAAACUUACUAUACACCAGAGAGUUCACACGGGAGAGAGACCCUUUAAAUGCCUUGAGUGUGGGAAAAGUUUUAUUCAGAAGUCACAUCUUACUAUACACCAGAGAGUUCACACAGGAGAGAGACCCUUUAAAUGCAUUACAUGUGGGAAAAGUUUUAUGGAAAGAGAGAAGCCCCAUAAAUGUCUGGACUGUGGGAAAACUUUCAGUCAGCGCUCAAACCUUAAUCAACAUGGGAGAAUCCACGCAGGUGAGAGACCAUAUAAAUGCCUUGAUUGUGGAGAAAGCUUCAAUAAGAGCUCAGAGCUGACCAAACAUCAGAAAAUCCACAAAGGUGAGAGACCCUAG